AUGAGGGUGAAAGACGCGCGCGCAGCGGAGAAUAGCAUGACUGGCCCAAGAAGAAAAAAAAAAAAAAAAGAAGAAAUCCUUUUUGAAUACAUACGGCAUAACAACUCGCAGGCCAUUCAGCUGUUGAAAUACAUAUGGUUGUACUGCUUUUAUCAGAACAUAAAAAAAAUAACAAAAAAUGUUCGAGAGCUACAGAGUGGAAAAGGCAACGGUCCCCUGCUAGUAAAGUACCUUCUAACUCUGCGCAUAAAUAUAGACCAUGCGUGUGAUUACUUCCAAGCCAUUUUAUCCACCACAUUAAAAAUAUAUGGCGAGAAAAAGGACGAGUAUAUUUCACACAUGAAAAGCGUGGUGGGUAGACGAAGUGACUCCUCCGGACAUGUACCCAUGAGUGAUGUGUACACCGGAGAUACGUAUUUGAAGGACUGUUAUGUGAACAACGUCAUUGACAUUUUCUACGCCAAGCAUCACGACCGACAUGGUGACCGACAUGGUGACGGACGUGGUGACAAACGCGAUGACACGAAACGUGAGAGGGAGACUACUCUGCACAGCGGUUUAGAAAUCGUUCGAAUCUGCAUCAGCAACCUUUUUAAAAUCCUGGGCGAUCUGCACAGAUAUAAAUGUUAUUUCUUUGAGGAAAAUAAAAAAAAAAAUGAAAUGAAGGCAUGCUUGAAUUAUUACAAUGCAUUAAACUAUUAUAGGUACAGUGGCCACCUGUUCAAUCAGCUGACUCUCCUGUACACAGGGGGCAAUCCGAUCAAGUGCCUUUUUUUUUACUUCCUUUCCUUGAUAGCGGUUAAGCCUGCUCCGAACAGGGACGCCGUUGUCAUGUACAUGGAGAGCGUCCUGAGCGGGGGGAAGAGCUUGGCCAAUUUGUUGUCGCGCCUGCGGGAGGGCUCAUCUGGCAGCGUCGACUUGGGUAGCCGCGACAGCCGCGACAGCCGCGACAGCCGCGACAGCGCAGUGUGUACUCCCUGCCACGGAGAAACUUCCUGCAAAUUGGGCAGGGGAAUAUUUUACAUCAAAAGUAAAGGAAGACAUUUUUUGCCAUCUACAAAAGGCAGUGAGAACGGGGCAAAGGAUACCAUUUACUGUCAAAGGAACAAGCACCAGGGCAAAGUAAAUUCCCGACUGAGGAAUAAACACACAGAGGGAAAGAAGGAAGGAAAUUCCAACAGUGGACAUGGAAGUACUAAUGAAAAUGUAGCCGAGAAAGAAUUCAAUGAAGCCCUUUUUAACUUUUACAUGAGCUACUUCAAAAUUGUGAAGCUAUUAUUCUCCAAAAUUGACAUGAACAAAUUUGAAAAAAAAAAAAAUAAAUUUAUUUACUACACCAAUAGGUAUAUAAAGCUGCAAUACUAUAGUAGGAGAGAAGACACCCUAAUGCUGAACAAUAUAAUCCUUAUCAUCUUUACCCUUUUAAGUUUAGUUAUAUAUAUUAUCACGAACCAACAUGAGCAGGGCCACAAAAACGCAAGUGGAUUCCUUUUCUACGGUAAUGUAAACGUUGCCAAGUAUGUAUACAAAAAUGAGCAAAUUUAUUUUUCUUUCCUUUUGAUUCACGAAUUGUUACAUUCAUGUGAAGACUUCUACACAAAUUUUUUCCCCAGCUACUUGUCCGUUUUUAUAUAUACACUUUACUGGUUCCGAAAUGAACCUAGUGUGUGGGAGGUGCACUUGGAUAAUUGCACCGAGGAGGACAAUAUAGAGAGGGAGCAGCUUGUGAAGCAGUACCAUGAGGACUACCGGGGGAAAAGCGUCUACGGGAGCAGGGCCACCCGCGGGAACAACACCGCCUUGCACGGUGCCGCUAUGGGGAGACAUCCCUGGGGGAGAAGCAAAGGCGAAUCUCUUUUUGAAGCACACAACAAUUACAAGCAAGCAGUGGAGGACCCCUGUGACGACCCCCAAUUUGCUCACAACAAAGAUAUAAUAAAAAGCAUCAAGCAAGUACUCGUCGGAAUAAACCUCAGGGAGGAGGUGCCCGCAAAUGAUAACUCACUGCUGCGUUACAAACUGAAGGAAGAUUUUUUCAUUUAUCCUUUUUUGAGUGGGCUGCAAUUUAAUCGCUUGGAGGGGGGAGCAGAAUAUUCCCCUGAGAGGGGGUGCAGGGUGGCUUCUUCACAAGGGAGCAGCUUAUCCAACGUGGCCUACCCGCAAUUCGGCCCCAAGCAUUGUGACAUAAGGGGGGGUCAGCGGGACGGUCAGGGGCGGGUUGCCCAUCUCACCAAUCUCGACGACUCAAACGAAGAAGAUGUAGUCCUUCUAAAAAACCCAUUGUUUGUAAAGGCGAGCAGUGAGUGUAUGAACGGGGAGAUGGUAGACCCGAAGGACGACACCAGCAAGGAGCUAAACUGCUACAACGAUUUAUACGAGCUAUCCGCCAUCAGUGCAAAUAAUGUGCAUGCAUGUGAACUGGAGGACGUGAGUAAUGAGAAGGGGUAUACAGAACAGAGUGCCUCUUGUGCAAAUGCUAGGGAGGGAAGAAACAGCUCCGGUGAGGGUAGCGAUGAUGGGGUCGCAUUUAAUACACAUACAAUGCCACACCAGGAGGAAUACCAACAAAGAGAUCACUACAUUGUGGCAAUUGAUGAUAUUCCAAAUGAUGAGCAGCUGGAGGAGAUAGCAAACCGCGUUCGAAUCAUGCGGUUUAAGUCGCUCACCCAAGGUGGGGUAAAGGAAACGGACAAGGAGAGUGUGCAUGCCCGUUACACUUGCAAAAAAUAUUUAGCUGCAAAUGGUAGAGAGGAGACACACCAGGAUAAUUGCCCCACUACGGAAGACCUAGCAGACGUGCCUCAGGAUCUAGUCACCGCAUCUAUGGCGAAAGGAAAGCAAGAACACACGACGCCCAUGGGCGCAGAAGUGUGCAAAAACGAAAUGAGCUGUACCAUGAGCCGAAGCGAUGACGAUAACAAAACGAGCAACGUCAUGAGUGACCACCAAAACGGAGCUCAUGACAAAAGCGACCACAGUGACAGUUACAAAGGGUAUGUAAAUGGUGGGGUAAAUCAAAAUGAUUAUUUUAAUUAUUCCCUUGUGGAAAGCUUCCAUCAGGUUAGGAGCGAUGCUUUAGGGUCCUUGCCGAAUGGUAAUGUGGAGAAGGACCUUAUUUGCAACCAUGUCAUGGGUGAAAAAUGCACUUCGUCAAACGGGAUGAAGAGGGGAAGUGACCAGGUCGGUGUGGACGGUAGUGUGGACGGCAGUUUGGACCCCAGUUUAGACGCAAGCUUGGGCGGCAAUUCGGAGGACAUGUCCUAUCCCAGUUCUCCAACCGAGGCAGACUCCAUCGUAGACGACGUGGCCGAAGAGGGAAAAAUUCCUUUCCACACAAACCACCUUCACAACGGGCAAGGUCAAACGAAAACACAAAUGGUGAACGUCAGUAACAUCCCGAAGGGUCAAGACCAGAUGGAGAACACCACCUUUGCAACGUGUAACAGGGAUACAAGCCCGUCUCAACACAACCAUGAGCAGCCCCAGCAUAUGCGCAACGGGUCCGUGUGGAUGUUAGAAGAGGGAAAUUCAACAGUUCAAAAAAUGAUCAUCCUUGAUGGAAAAAAUAUUGGGACGAGGUACCAGGAUAAUUAUAAAAAAUAUUUUGACCCACAUCGUAUAAAAGUGGUAAUGGAUUACUACAGAUUUAAAAAGUAUAAGGUGAAAAUUGUCAUUCCGGAAGAGUACGUAAUGCACGGGACGGAAGAUCCCUUAGGCAAGAACCCACACAAAGGUUAUUACCACCACCUGCAGAUGCACAACAGGAGCGAAGGCGCAGAAUUUAUUCUCACGGGAAAUGAUUUGCUCUUUUUUCAGAACCUUUACAUUUUAGGUUGUUUAAUUGUGCACCCCUUGGAAACCUACUACGCCUUUUGCGUCAGCCUUGUGCAGAGGUGUAACUGUUGUUUUGUAACUAAUGUGACUCUGUCGGAACUUAAAAUGAAGCUUCGUGAGUUUGAGCAGCCACCCUUGAAGAGCAUCGCGGCGCACUUUAUAUCCUACACUUUUCUUGGCGACGAGUUUCUCCCCAACCCGACCUUUCGCUGGCCAGCCAUCUGUAAAAUACGUGCGACUAUGGUUUAG